AGUCACUAUUUGAUAUCACACCGCUCUCUGUGUCAUUAUCUGAGACUAUAUGGCAGACCAGCUUCUUGUUCCACGAGAGAGAGAGGAGAGGACAAACUAUGUAUCUGAGGUCAGCAGCAAGAGGAUUUCUAGCUUUCCUUUUGUUGGUAUCAGCGCUACACGGUUAUCAUGACUGGACAGUUACUUACACAUCUAGUAAGGUCUGCGCUUUAAGAGGAUCAACGGUUGAGGUCAGCUGCUCCUAUGAAUACCCUGAUAAACUGCAGAACCGCUCUACCCCGGUAGAAACACUGUGGUUUACUAAAGAUGACCACAGUCAGCCAGGGGGUCUGGUCAGCGAUACAGACUAUGCAGGUCGUGUUGAACGCAGCUGUGAAGAGCACAGCUGUUCUUUGUCAAGCUGUAGUGGAAAUUGUACCCUGAGAAUCAGAGACCUGAGACAGAGUGACUCUGCUGAGUACAAGGUCAGGUUCAUCACCAACCAACCAGGCGGGGAAUAUACUGGAGACCCCGGAGUGAAGUUAACUGUUACAGACCUCAAGGUGGUGAAGGUACUACAGUGGACCAUAAUUUGGAAAUACCUGGAGUGUCAGAGUAUGUGUGUUCUUUCUGAUCACCCUAACUACCUCUGGUAUAAGAAUGGACAGCAUGCAGGAAAAGGAAUGACCUACAGUAACAACAUUAAAAAAAGAGACAGCUUUUCCUGUGCUGUUGAAGGAUCAAAGCGUUUCCACUCCCCUUUAGUGUGUGUCAAAGGAAACCAAAAUCUUUGCAACAAAGUGACCUACUCCACCAGAACCAUGUGUGUCCUGCAAGGCACAUCAGUGGACAUCUCCUGCACAUACAGCAGCGGAUUAAAACCAAAUGAGGAAUACUGGUAUGAAUGGAGCAAUAACAAUGAGCCCACGGACCUCCAGAAGGACUCUGAAUAUAAAGGACGUGUUGAGUACCCUGUGAAAGAGAGAGGAGGCUCCACUCUGAAAAUCACUGAACUCAGAGACACAGAUUCUGCAGAGUACCGUUUCAAAUAUAAAAGUAAAAGCCAUGAAUGGAAAAGUGCUUUACAUGGUACAACUCUGACUGUCACAGGCCUGAGAGUGGAGGGGGCUGCUGUUGCCCCGGUGACAGAGGGACAGAGAGUGACGUUGAGCUGUAGCACCAGGUGUCUGCUGCCUGGUCAAACCUCCUACAUCUGGUACCACAACAAGGGUCCUGUGGCCGAGCCAGAGAGCACAAUGAACAAGCUGGUUCUGGACCCGGUCAGCCUUCAGCAUGCUGGGAAUUACUCCUGCUCAGUCAGAGGCUACCAACACCAGUCUCCCGAAGAAACACUCACCGUUUCAUACGCUCCAAAGACCACCUCAGUGACAGUGAGUCCCUCCGGUGAAAAAGAGGAAGGCAGCUCAGUGACUCUGAGCUGCAGCAGUGAGGCCAAACCAGAAGCUAACUCCAGUUCAGUGGAGGAACCAGGACAGAUCCUCACCACCGCUGUUAUCACAUCUGAGCUGGGAGAGAUAGCCACACCAUCGUUACUCACAGCUGUCGCUUUAGGAACCACUGCUGUCUUACUGACCAUCAUUACCCUCCUUGUCGUCCUCUGGAUGAGAAGAAAGAUGGCAUCCGGAAAAGCAUCUGGACCAGCAGGAAGGCCAGAUACCACAGAGGCACUUCCUGUGUAUGAGAACGCCUCAGCUCUAACCAAUCGCCCGGCACCUGCAGCACAGAGAGAACCAAUUGAACGGCAGGAGGAACUUCACUAUGGCGACAUCCAACAUCCACAUCACUCGGAGAUGCAGGAAGCGCCUCGCUGUUUGGCUGGCUCACUUGUCCAGUCGGAUCAGACGCAGCAGGUUGUUUACUCAGGCGUCAACCUUAAAGGACCUGAUGCUGUCCUUGAAUUGACAGUCCUGCCUGUCACAGCCCCGUCAGGUUUGAACCAGUAGAGGCAGCAGGAUUUAAAUAAUGGUUGGGCCUUGUGAGUGUGUUCAAUCAAGGUGUCUCAGUCUUUCCGUUUGGAGAACACCCUGGUGAAGAAAUGGGAUCACUUUCAUUAACAGAAGGCCUAUCCUUCCCAUCUGAAAUAUUUGAAAGUGUGAGUAAGCGAGCAUAUCACUGCACUGGCCUUGUGUCUUCUGCCCUCUGUGGCUGCAGAAGGAGCUAAAGCAACGGGACAUAAUCACUACAACUUUAUUUAAACCCAAUGUAAAUCAGAGGCUCAAACUAUACUAGAUGUUUCGAUAUCUGUAUUAUUUUGCUGUGUUGUAUGUUUUAUGAAGCUUUAUGAACCUGAUGCACUUGCUUUUGCUUUUACUUUGAAUUGCGAUUAUUUCCUACAUCAAUAAAAUAAAAUAAAAAUC